CGCGGACCGGCGGGGGCCGCUGGGAAGCGAGCGGCGGCGCGUGGGGCCGGCAGUUCCCGCGGGUCGGUGGAGGAAGUCGGCGGCGACUCCGACGGGCGGGCGUCCGUCAGGGCAAGCCUUGAACUAUGAUCACUUCCUGAGAAGCUGAGAUUAAGGGCCUGCAAGCUAUCUUACCUCACCCUUAAGGUACUUGUAAUGUUAAUUUAAAGCUUUAAGAAAUUAUAGAAAUCACCUCUGCCUGUCCCGCUUAGCAGGGGACGUCUACACAGCAAAUCAUGGCACUCCCAUUUCGGAAGGACUUAGAAAAGUACAAGGACCUAGAUGAAGAUGAGAUUCUUGGGAACCUGUCAGAAAUGGAACUGAAACAACUGGAAACUGUUCUGGAUGAUCUUGACCCUGAGAAUGCCCUCCUGCCUGCGGGUUUCCGCCAGAAGAACCAGACAUCAAAAUCAGCCACAGGGCCAUUUGAUCGAGAACACCUGCUUUCAUAUCUGGAGAAGGAAGCUCUGGAGCAGAAGGACCGGGAAGACUAUGUGCCCUACACGGGAGAAAAGAAAGGGAAAAUAUUUAUCCCCAAACAGAAGCCUGUACAGACUUUGACAGAAGAAAACAUAUCUCUUGAUCCAGAAUUAGAAGAAGCUUUGACGAGUGCUUCUGAUACAGAAUUAUCUGACCUCGCAGCUAUUCUUGGGAUGCACAAUCUGAUAACAAAUGCGCAGUUCUGUAAUAUAGUGGGCAGUAGUAAUGGAGUCGACCAACAUUUUUCAAAUGUAGUAAAAGGGGAAACAAUUGUUCCAGUGUUUGAUGAGCCACCAAAUCCAACCAAUGUUGAAGAGAGCUUAAAGAGAAUUAAAGAAAAUGAUGCUCGUCUUGUUGAAGUUAAUUUGAACAAUAUAAAGAAUAUUCCAAUUCCAACCCUAAAAGAUUUUGCAAAGUCUUUGGAAAACAACACACACGUGAAGCAUUUCAGCCUUGUAGCCACCCGGAGCAAUGACCCCAUUGCUGUGGCUUUUGCAGAUAUGCUGAAAGUGAACAAAACUUUGAAGAGCUUAAAUAUGGAGUCCAACUUCAUUACAGCAACAGGGGUACUAGCACUGAUUGAUGCUUUAAAGGAAAACGAGACCCUGGCAGAGCUUAAGAUCGACAAUCAGAGGCAGCAGUUGGGAAUAGCUGUAGAGUUAGAGAUGGCCAAGAUGCUGGAGGAAAAUACAAAUAUCCUUAAAUUUGGAUAUCAGUUUAUACAGCAGGGACCUCGAACCAGGGCGGCUAAUGCUAUAACAAAAAACAAUGACUUAGUACGUAAGAGGAGAGUUGAAGGAGACCCACAGUGAGUCUGCCAACGUGUAACCUUGGGAAGCCUCCAGAAGAUUACCAAGUGUUGGUGACAUCUGAUUUGAAAGUUUCCUGGGGAGAAGGGAAAAAGACUGGAAAUAAUUUGUUUAGCUAUAUUCAUUUUCCUAGUGUAAGCUGUUAGCAGUUUCAAAUUGUAAAAUUGGUAGUAGGUGAUAUUUUAUAUUUUGAAGCAUUUCCACUUUCUACUAAUUCCAGUUUUUAAUGUAGCCUUGUUGAAUUGUUUAUUAUGAGUGGGGGGGGGCGGAUAAAGAGGUAAUUGUAAAAAAAAAGUUUCAGAAGUCAUUUAUGUAGAAUAAUUUGACAUUUUGAGGACCAAAUCUUUUUCCAAUCAAAAAUGGACAUUUCUGAUUCAAAAUCACUAUUGUUCUUUAUAAGGCACUUAAGCUUUCAUCAUUCCAUAGCUUAUAGUCUUUUCUAUUUUUUAAGAAUAUAUGAACUUGAGAACGGUGAUUUUUUUUUUCCCUAAUUAAGGGAACAAAAAGAGAUGGUUUAAAACCUAUUGGUGUGAUCAAGAGCCAAAGCAAAUGUCCAAGUAGAGAUGGUUUUCAGUGCAUCAGGGAGAUGGCCUAGCAUCUGAGCAGCACAGAGCUCUGGGCUUUUAUAGUCAUCUGCUCUGAUAGUUAAUGUAAUUAUGUCUAAGUUUAUCAGUUUCUUUUUUUUUCUGAUGUGGGUAUUAGUGAAUUUUGUAAAAGCUAAUGGUAAAAGGUAUCUGAGUGAAAAACUUUUCUUCCUUACAAGAAGUCAUUCUAAGCCAGGCGCCAUUGACUCAUGCCUGUAAUUCUAGCUACUCAGGAGGCUGAGAUCUGAGUAUCAUGAUUUGAAGCCAGUCUGGACAAGAAAAUUGGAUAAAAGUAUCUCCAAUUAAUCACCAAAAAGUUGAAGUGCAGCUUGUGACUCAAGUCAAAAAAACGGUCCGGGACAGUGCUCAGGCCCCAAGUUCAAGCCCCAGU